UUGCACCGAGGUGUUAGAGUUUUAGAGUAGCUCUUUCUCUCUGCGGAAGAUGAAGCCCUGCUGGACUGUGCAAUAAGGAUUAUAGACAUAAGAGCGAGAGAGAGAGAGAGGGGAGAGAGAGAGAGAGAGAGAGAGAGAGAGAGAGGACCGUUAUAUUUACCAGGCAACUUUCUACAUAUUCAGGAUGCCUCGUUCAUUCCUCGUAAAAAAGCAUUUUAACGCAGCCAAGAAGCCGAAUUAUAGUGAACUGGAGAGUCCAACAGUGUUUAUUUCUCCAUAUGUACUAAAAACCCUCCCGGUGCCUGUUAUACAUCAGCCUGAAGUUCUAAGCCCGGUGGCAUACAGCCCCAUUACCAUAUGGACUACCAGCAACCUGCCCCUGUCACCCCUUCCCAGUGAUCUCUCCCCCAUAUCCGGAUACCCCUCUUCCCUCUCCGACACAUCCUCCAGUAAAGACCACAGCGGCUCAGAGAGCCCCAGGAGCGAUGAAGAUGAGGGAAUACAGUCCACUAAACUCUCAGAUGCUGAGAAGUUUCAGUGCAGUUUGUGUAAUAAGUCUUACAGCACGUAUUCUGGACUCAUGAAACACAAGCAAUUGCACUGUGACGCACAGACCCGGAAAUCCUUCAGCUGCAAGUACUGCGAGAAGGAGUAUGUGAGUCUCGGGGCCCUAAAGAUGCACAUAAGGACACACACAUUGCCUUGUAUUUGUAAAUUGUGUGGGAAAGCGUUCUCCAGGCCGUGGUUGCUGCAAGGACACAUUAGGACACAUACAGGUGAGAAACCAUUUUCAUGCCCCCAUUGCAGUCGUGCAUUUGCGGACAGGUCCAACCUCCGAGCUCACCUGCAAACCCACUCAGACGUGAAGAAAUACCAGUGCAAAAACUGCUCCAAAACCUUCUCACGCAUGUCAUUGCUGCACAAACACAAGGAAUCUGGCUGUUGCAUUGCACACUGAGACAAGCGCAUCAUUCACAAACAUUUGUAUAACAGGGCCUGUAUUCACCAAGUGCCUUCGAUUGUGAACGCAAAUCUCGUAUAUUUGUGGUCAACUGGAAAAAAGUGCAACAGAUGCAUCCCAAAUCAGCGCUCCUCACUUUGACUAUUAAAAUGCACAGCCCAAGGGUCUGCAUCUUGAGGAGUCAUUCAAAGAUCAGAUUCCAGUCUUGUCUAUUCUCAUGCAAGACACGUUAACAAGCAAAAACCGACCCAAAACAGCCUUUCCAAGAUGUCUUAUGAGUUUGGUUCCUGGAGAACCUUCAACAGCCUCAAAAAGGAAAAGGCAAAAAAGACUGUUUGCUGGAUGCCCGGUGGUCUUAACUCAACAUAAGAGCCCUUUCAUUUCAGUGUAUAAGAAGAUUCAUUCAAUAUGUCAUGUGGCUGUCAUUUGCCUUCCAUUUAAACAGUGUUUGCCCUGUCUGUGUCGGGUUGAUUAUGUACUGUACAUUUGUUUACAGAUAUGUACUAUUUGGGAGGAUCUAUACCCUCAAUAAUACGCAAUAAUUGAUACCCUUUUAAGUCUGUGACUGAUGUUUAAGGGUAUGACUUUUUUACUUUGUUUUGAGAGGUAAUCUGUUAGAUAUUUUCACAAACCGAUGAGCGUGAGACCAAAGAAAUAGCCAUUUUUAAACAGGGAACAAGUGCAAAAUGAUGUUUUCUUGAAUUAAAAGUAUUUAAACUGUUGCAUGGUCAUGACGCAACAGAAAUUAACCAGCACUCAUACAUGCAAUAGUUUGCCAUGUGCCUUUUUCAUCAGGAACUUCUGAGAUUUUGCCAUGUCAUUUUUUAUUGGAAUUUUUUUGAAUGUAUAUGACACUGAUAUGAUUGUACUUUGUAUUUCGAAGUGUAAAUGGAUGGUAUGAUUUUGUACAAAAAUAAACGUUACACUUUCU